UGUUCGCCGGUGCAGCGGACCGCGCGGUGCUACUUGCAGGAGCUGGUCGAUAGCGCUGAGGAUCGAUACAUCGAAGGGCGAAGUUUUUUCACGAGAGAAAUGGGGACCGACGCCGCCAACGAAGAACGCGACGGGUCGCUGGAGGCGGACCCGAUGCUGGAGCACGGCGGCGGCGCGGCGAGGCCGGAGGCGGCCAAGGAAGACCCUCUGCUGCCGCCGCCGCCAGUCCUGGGGGCGGGGGACCGCCCCUCGGAGGCGGCCGACGAGGACUGCUCGCCGCACGAGGCCAAGGCGUUGCGCGCGCAGCUGCUGGUGGCGGGCGGGGUGUUCCUGCUCGGGGUGGCUGCCGGCUUCCCCAUCGGCUUCUCCGCGGUGCUGCUGCCGCAGCUGCAGGCGCCCGGCUCCAGCCUGCCCACGGACGACGACAUGGCGUCGUGGAUAGCCAGCAUCCACUCGGCCGCCACGCCCGUCGGCUCGCUGCUGAGCGGGCUGGUCGCCGACCGCUUCGGGCGCCGGCUGGCGCUGCAGGCGGCCGCGCUGCCCUACGCCGCCGGCUGGGUCGUCAUGGCGCUGGCCCGCUCGCACGCCGCCGUCAUCGCCGCGCGCGUCGUCUGCGGCUUCUCCGUGGGGCUGACGGCCGCGCCCGCCCAGAUAAUCCUGGGCGAGGUGGCGGAGCCGCGGGUACGAGGCAUGCUGUCGGGCACGCCCUUCAUCAGCUACUCGCUGGGCAUCCUGCUGGUGUACGCGCUGGGCGCCAGCCUGCCGUGGCGCCUGGCGUCCUGGCUCGCCACCGCCGUGCCCCUGCUCGCGCUGCUCGUCUUCUGCUUCCUGCCCGAGAGCCCCGUGUGGCUGGCGCGGCGCGGCCGCGUGGAGGGCGCGCGGCGGGCGCUGCUGACGCUGCGCGGCGGCGAUGCCACAAAGGUGAAACAAGAACUGGCCGAGCUGUUGCGACAGUUGCCACCGGAUAAUGGCCGCCGCUCAAGCCUACACAACAUCGCGAGCAGCCAGAACAGCAUCGGACUCCUGGGCAGCCAGAAGAUCCUCUCCAGCAUCAAGAACACGAUUGCGAGGCCGCGCGCGCUCGGAGCCUACCUGGAGCCGCACAACCUCAAGCCCUUCCUCAUCGUGCUGGCGUUCGGGCUGUCGCAGGCCGUCUGCGGCACCUACAUGGUCAUCUUCUAUGCCGUCGACCUGGUGUCGAAGGCCGGGCCCGGCGGCGGGGGACGAGCCGCCACCCUUCGACCCGUUCGCCACGCCGUGCUGACGGCGAUCGUCCGCCUGGCCUUCGUGUGCCUGGCUUCGGGGCUGAUGUUCAGCGUGGGGCGCCGGCCGCUGGCGCUGGCGUCCGGCUGCGCCUCCGCGAUGACGGCCCUCGCGCUGGGCGUGCUGCUCUCUGGCGAGCCGUCCCCCUGGGUGGUCGCCGUUCUUCUGCAGGUGUUCGUGGCCGCCAACACGGUCGGCUUCUUCAUCCUCCCGGGCGUGUGCAUCGGGGAGCUGCUGCCGGCGUCCGUGCGCGGCUCUGCCGGCGGAGUCAUCUUCAUGCUCUUCAACCUGUGCCUUUUCGGCAUGGCCAAGGUGUUCCCCGCCAUGUCGCGCAGCAUGGGCGGCCACGGCCUUUUCUGGUUCUUCAGCGCGUGCACGGCACUCACCACCGUGUUCCUCUACCUGUUCCUGCCCGAGACGCGAAACAAGACGCUGCAGGAGGUUGAGUACUACUUCAGGCAGGACAACAUCCUGUGGAGGCCGCCACAGAAAGGAAAACCUGCUAAAGCUGCGGCAGUAUGUUAG